AUGGGAAAAAACAAAUUAAAAUCAACCUACAACCAUAAAAAACGACGGAGUAACGUAACGAACUAUGGCGUUGCAAAAUCUAACAAAAACCUAUUUCCGGUGCACAAUGGUGAAGAACUUGAAUGGGAGCAAGAAAAUAUAAAUGAAUUGGAGUCCUCUUCCCAGCACCAUAAUGAUGAUAACGGAUUUCCAAUGUUUUUGGGAAUGUGGGAUUUUGAUCACUGCGAUCCCAAACGAUGUUCUGGUAAAAAACUUUCGAGAUUAGGAAUUGUAAAAAUUCUCAAAGUUUCCUCUCGCUUUCGUGGGAUUUCGCUAAGUCCAAAUGGCGAACAAGCAGUCUCGCCCGCGGAUAGGGCAAUUGUUCAAGAACACGGUCUGGCAGUGGUGGAUUGCUCAUGGGCGAAAUUGGAUAAGGUGCCAUUUGAGAAACUUAAAUCUACAAAUAACCGAUUGCUGCCUUAUCUGGUUGCUGCUAACCCGGUAAAUUAUGGUCGUCCAUGGAAGCUUAACUGCGUGGAAGCGUUCGCUGCGUGUUUUUAUAUAGUUGGUUUUUCUGAAUACGCUAAAUCUGUGCUUUCGAAAUUUAAAUGGGGUCAUACGUUUCUCGAAAUCAACGAGUCCAUCUUGAAUAAAUAUGCUGCGUGCAACGAUUCCGCCGAUGUUGUAAGAGUUCAAAAUGAGUGGCUCGAAGAUAUACAGAAAGAAUACGCUAAUAGACAUGAUAAAGUCAGCAGUUAUGAUGAUGAGAUGUUGGUGAGAAAUCCAAAUUACGAUGACGCGUGGGACGAAGACGAAGAAGAUGAGGAAGAUGAGGAAACAGAAAGUGAAGAAGCUACCAAAGUAUUAGAAGUUGAAGAUUAA